AUUUGUGAGAAAUAACGCGCAUGCGCCCUGGUAGGAACCACCGCACGGCCGGCGUCAGGCUCCAGACGGAAGCGAUUGCAGAUUUUUCCCCCUGUCAGAUAGACGGAAGGAAUGAGAAAGGGAGAAGGACUGGGGAGCCACUGACACACGGACAGACAGGGGGCCCAGAGAGAGAGAGAGAGAGAGAGAGGACGAGAUGGAGGAAUGAAGGAAUCAUAUCAGGGAAUAAGAAAACGUCUGGAUUCAUAAUCCAAACCAUUACACUUUACAACCAGCGACACCGCAAAUACCGGUUUGUACAAUACUACAUCGGUUUGUAGCGAUUCCUUCAUUCAAGGAGAAAGAGCAGAGAGCCGUCAGGCUACUGUCAUAGAGCUGAGUACAAUGACAACCUGGUGAAUGUAGGAUAAUCUAUCUAACCAACGGAAUGCAAUACAAAAAACGGAAUAAAGGACCGUCCCGGGUGAGCGUCACCAACCGGGAGUGAUGAGAAGAACCACGAGGAGACAGGACCGUGUUUCUGCUGUCGCCUGUCAAGGGUAUUAUUUCUGUGUGUUGUGGACUGAACAUUUAUUCUUCCCUCACCCUCCUCCUCCCGUCCUCCACCGGUGUCGUCUGGAGGUUGUAACAUGGAGAGCUCCGGAACCGGAGAAUCCACCAAACCGCCAAACCACCAGUUGGAGAAGAAACGGUUAAACCGAGUACCGUCUCCGGCCAGGCCGUUCCCGAAGGAUGUUCACUCUUCCUCCCGCUCCUCGCCCAAACCAACAGUUAUCGUACCAAAAUCCCCUAAACUGACCAAGCAUCAGCACUCUUCUCAUGUUCCCGUGUCAUCCAAUCAAAACCGUAUCACCAGGCGCACCCCAACCGGAGCGAAGGAUAACAAACCAACCGCGGUGAAAAGUCAAAGCACCAAGUCCUCCACAGUCACGAAAAAGACUGUUAAGAUCGUCCAACAUGCAACCUCGGAACAUAAAACCACCACCGCCAGUAGACCCACCUCGGACAGCAGUCCACACCUCGCCCUCAUAACCAAGAAGAGUAAAAUAGCCACUCUGACCGCGUGUCACCACCGCCCCGUCAGCCAUGGCUCACCAAUCCGCGUCCCAACCGGUGCUUUCCCUGUCGGCAGGGUCAGUCAGACGGACAGCAACUCCGAUCUCUCCGACUGUCCCUCUGAGCCCUUAUCCGACGAACAACGCCUGACCGAGGCCGCCAGCAGCGACGGGGAGUCCGGGGGCUCUGGGGCCAGCGACAGGGAUCAUGUGGGAGCGGAUUAUCCUCUGCAGGCAUCAGGAGCAACAGACGCGGCAGGUUGUAGUGGUGGGGCUUCAUUGCGCACCGCGGAGGGUAGCGCGGAGGGUGCGGUAGUGGCAGUAGCAGCAGCGGGGAAAGACGGUAUGUCUCAGGCGCCAGGGCCAGGUGCUCUCGGUCACCGGGGAGAUAGAAGUAAACCGGAGAAAUCAUCAACAAGCGCACAAUUUAUACAACUGGAACGCAGCGAGGAGAUAACCGAGGAGGAUUUGAUACGGGAAAUUGAAGACCUUCGUUCUGAAAACGACUACCUCAAGGAUGAAGUGGAGGAGCUGCGUGUGGAGAUGGAGGAGGCACGGGACAGUUACCUGGAGGAGGAGGUGUACCAGGUGCAGGAGUUACGCAGGGAGCUGGACCGCUCCAAUAAGAAGUGUCGGAUCCUCCAGUACCGUCUCCGUAAAGCGGAGCAGAAGAGCCUCAGAGUGGCCCAGACUGGACAUGUAGAUGGAGAACUGCUACGCAACCUGGAACAGGACCUCAAGGUGGCCAAAGAUGUGUCAGUGCGUCUGCACAACGAGCUGGAGAAUGUAGAAGACAAGAGGACCAGGGCCGAAGAUGAGAAUGAGCUGCUGAGACAGAGAAUCAUCGAGGUGGAGAUCUCUAACCAGGCUCUACACAAUGAACUGGACAGAACCAAAGAGACUGGUACUCGGCGGAGAGGAAGCAGGGAAACAUUUAGGGACAAGAAGUCUCUGAACCAGGAGGACAGUGCAGAUCUCAGGUGUCAGCUGCAGUUCUCUAAGGAAGAAUCUACCCUCAUGCGUAACAAGAUGGCCAAGCUGGGGAAGGAGAAGGACAAGCUAGAGCAGGAGAUCCAGCAGUAUAAGUCAGUCUACGGGGACGUGGACAGCCCUCUACCCCUGGCAGAGCUUGCAGGUGGUGGGCCCCACAGCACCAGGGAGGCCGAGCUACGGCUCAGGCUCAAACUGGUGGAGGAAGAAGCGAAUAUUCUUGGGAGGAAGAUUGUAGAGCUGGAGGUGGAGAACCGAGGCCUGAGGGCUGAGAACGAGGACAUCCGCUGCCAGUACGAGAGGGACUGUUUCGGCCGGGAGCCCUUCAGCAGCAUGCCCUCCUCCCCGUACAGCGGAGACGCUCUGGAGUCAGCCGGGGAGCUGCGACGCCACCUACAGUUUGUAGAGGAAGAGGCAGAACUUCUCCGGCGGUCCAUCUCGGAGAUCGAGGACCACAACAAGCAGCUGAUCUCGGAACUGAACCGCUUUAAGUUCGGCCCGAGAGACGAGGAAGGCGAGGUCGGAGUGAUGAUGAUGAUGAAGUCCGGCAAUGGGAGUAACGGUGGAGGCGGUAAUAACGGAAGCGGUGUGGUGAUGAUAGAGGAGCUGAAGGCAGCCAGGAUGCAGAUAAAUGAGCUCAGUGGGAAGGUGAUGAAGCUGCAGUAUGAGAACCGAGUCCUGAUGUCCAACGUUCAGCGCUGUGACCUGGCCCAACACCUGGGCCUCCGUACUGGCUACCCGCGGGACAGCGAUGCAGACAGCGACACCGGGCACCGCGACACUGCAGAGGAGGAAGAAACAGGGAGGCUCCUCUUACUUCACCCCAAGAGGGAGGGGCCUGUCGGUGGCGAGAGUGACUCGGAGGACCUCUUCGAGAAGACCACCACGACAUCGGGGAUUGGAACUCACAAGCCCUCGGACGAGCUCAGCGGGCUCAGCGCCACCGAACUAUCUAAUCGUAGGCGAGAAGACCGCGAGACGUUCACGAAUGUCAAACGAGAAGCAGAGCGCCUUGGGAAGACCGUAGAUCGUCUCAUUAGCGACACGGACAGUCUGAUCUAUGAGGGCAAGAUUUUAGUAACAGGAGGGGACAGUUUGAGUCUGGCUCUGGAAGGGUUUAAAGAAGACACCACCCGCCUCCCCGAUCCCAAACCAGACUCACAGGUCUUGGACACUAUCAACACCCGUAUGAAGGCCUUCCGCACAGAGCUCCAUAUCUUCAUGGAGAAGGUGGAUCACCUGGGAGAGGGCCUGAGGGAGAGGGGAGGUGACCGGGAUCGGGGAGACGACCUGUCACCCUUGCCCAACCUCACAGAGUCCAGUAGCUUCCUGUCUGGGGUCACCUCCAUGUCACGAGACUCGCCCAUCGGCACCCUGGGACGCGACCUGGUCACAGAUUUCCAGUCACGGUCCGGUGUGAGGGAUGAGCUGGAGUGGCGUCUAGGACAGGAGCGAACCGUGGAGACCCAGGGCCAGAGCCAGGAGGGUCUUCCUCAGGGCCCGGCCCAGAACAGGGGAGCCAUCCUGGGACACACUAGAUACCACAGACCCCUCCUGGCUUCUUUGAGACUGGAGGAUGAGGAGCGUAGGCGGCUGGAUCCACAGGGUGUGAGGCCCAGGGUGGGUCUGGAUCUUACGGGCCUGCAGGCCCACGAGGCUCCCUGGGUCCAGGAGAGAACCCUACUGCAGCAGGAGGUCCAGUUGUUCAGACACAACACCAUCAUCUUCUAUAUGAAGCUACGCUGGAUCCUCAUGCACUGGAGGCUGGGGAAGAGGACAGAGACAGGGGAGGAGACAGCACACUCAGAGAUGGAGGGUAUUCCAGAGCUGGUCUUGGAGCACGGAGAGGAAGAGACGGAGAGAGAGGUCAGGGACAGGUCGUCUACCCAGCUACCCCAGAUAGACGGCCCCGGCCCCGACCCCACAACCCAACUCCCCUCCUCCCCUGAACGCCUGCAGAACCAGACACAGGUGGGUGAGAACCGUAGGGUGCUCCAGGCGGUGCGCUCCCUGUUAGAGGAGUUCAGGGCAGAGUUGAGGGAGGAGGAGAGCAGGAGGUGCCAGCUGCAGCAGAACUACGCCAAUGACAAGGCUUCCUGGGAGGUCAAAUGGGCCGAGAUGAAGUGUCACGUUGCUCAGCUGGAAGAGGAGAGACAAGAAGAGAAAGGAGAGGUGAGAGGAGAGACGCAGGGAGGAGGAGGAGACCCAGACUGGGCCUUUAAACAGGAGCGAGAGGAGCACCGGUGCCUCCUGGCAGAGAGCCACAGCACCUCCCUGGACCUCCACUGGAAGCUGCAGCAUGGAGAGAAGAGGUGGGGGAGGGAGAGGAGAGACCUGCUGGAACGCUUCGACCAGGAGAGACAAGAGUGGGACAGCAACAUGAGAAACAUGCACCACAAGAUGGAGAGGCUACAGAGAGAGCUUAACGUACGGAGGGGCAGCGAGGGCUCACCAUCCAACAUCAAAGAAGGGGAGAGAGCAGGAGGACACAGGGGUGUCUUCCCCCCCCAGGAGAGCCCAUGUAAGGCCCCUCGCUCCCCAAGGUCACCACGCUUUCCUCGCUCUGCCAUCCCAGGCCCUGUUUCCCUCCCUACCCGCUCCCACUCGGACUCGGAGGCCCAUGAAGAGCAGGGGGCUGUAGUGAGGUUCAGAGGCCCAACGGAGAACCUUUCCCUGGACGCUCUGACACUGGAUCCCCUGGGUGGCCUGAAGGCCCCACCUCCCUGCAGACUGGACCCUGACAAGAGGUUCCCCUGUAUGAACCAGGCUCUGAAUGAGAUCCCAGACAGAGAGGGCCCAUUGAUGUACGAGGAGGAGGAGGAGGAAGAGGAAGAGGAGAUGGGUUUUGGCAGCCUGCUCAGGGCUAAGUCGGUCUGUUCUAUGAGUGACUUCCAGCGUCUGAUGGACAGCUCUCCCUUCCUGCCUGACAGGAGUCGUCAUGGUGACCGCGGCCGCGACGAUGUGACUCCGCCCCUGUCACCUGACGACCUGAAGUACAUUGAGGAGUUCAACAGUAAAGGGUGGGACUUCCCUGUCCCUGGCCCGUCCCCAACACCGGGCCACCACACGCCUACAGCCAUGGAGGCCUGGGCAGAACGGCCCGCUUCAGAACCAUUCCAGCCGGCCUCGUGGUUCCUAACCACCAGCGCAACUUUGACCACCAACACCCAAUCUAGCCACGAGCCCCCCUGCUCACCCCAUUGCCAGCGCUCUCCACUCAGGGGUAACGGGGGUAACAUAGGAGGGGGAGCAGGGGUCCACGUCUCCCACAGCCCCACCCGAACCCCCGGGCCCUCCGAUCAAGACUACCUGUACCCUAAAGGAACCAAGGGGCAAGGGGGUGUUGGUGUUGGUGAGGUAGGGGGUGCCUCCGGGAUUGGGGGAGUAGCAGGUCCAGACGAGGUGUUUGGUGAUGGUAGGUGGCCUCCUUCCUGUCAUAAGGAGUUAUUGGAGGGUGGGGGGGGGCUGCGGGGUCCCUCUGUGGGGGGUCCCAUCCCCACGGUGGGGUACGCCUCGUCUCUGGAGCUGCAGCUGUCACGGAACCUCAGUGAUGACAUGAAGGAGGUGGCCUUCUCUGUAAGGAACUACCGCUCUGGGACCUCGGACCACCUGGAGCAACAGAGACAGCUCCGAGAUAUGGCGUGUCAGACAAAUGGUUUCACCACUCGGGGAACCCAGACCACUCAGACCAUCAGUGUGGGCUUACAAACAGACAUCCUCCGUACCCUCACCAGCUCCCCCCACCGCUGCCUCACCCCUAAAGGAGGCAGCUCUACGCCCAUCUCCUCCCCUUCCAGAAACAUCCGUAAGAUACAGUACUCCCCUGUGGUCCAGUCCAAGUUCGAGCGUCCAUGUUGUUCUCCUAAGUAUGGCUCUCCUAAGCUUCAGAGGAAGCUGUCAACAUCAUCGAAGGCUGACCUCCCAGGUGGGGCCUCAAGCUCCACGGCCGGACCCAGGGCCCCUACCCCUACCACCCCCCAGAAGGGUGCCUCUGAGUCGGCCUGGGCUCGCUCCACCACCACCAGGGACUCUCCGGUCCACACCACCAUCAACGACGGCCUGUCUUGUCUCUUCAACAUCAUAGACCACAGCCCCGUGGCCUACGAACCCCCGCAGUGCAAAUUCACCAAGUCCCCCAGCCGCUCCCGCCCCACCCCUCUUGACCCCUCACCUCCUGGUGGACCCGGUGGUCCCGGUUUACCCCCCUCAGACCCCAAAGACCCAAGAUACCUUGGAGCUGUCCAGGAGUUCCUGAGGAAUGUCCGCGGGCGUUCUCCCAGCCCGGUGCAGCUGAUAGUAGAGGCCCAGGGAGUGCCUGGGGGAACAGGAGGGGAGAGGACACCAGAGGUGCUCAGUAUACGCCAGGACCUGUCUGCCCCGCCUGGAUACACCCUGGCAGAGAACGCAGCCCGUCUGCUGAACAAGAAGCUGUUGGAGCAGAGCUUCAGGGAGGAGAAGAGGCUGGGGUCUGGAGGGACUGGUGGGUCCUCAGCCCAGGGACAGGGAGGCUACACGAGAGAGGGGCGACAGACGGUGGGAGACAGGAACCAGUCGGGGUGUUUGGAGGACCUCCCUCGUUCCCCGGUGGCUCCACCCCUGGAGUCGUGUUUCCUGCGUCCGGCGAGGCCAGCCAACCGCCGCCCCCCCUCCCGCUGGGCAGCCCGUUCACCCUCCUCCUCCCCCCGAGGCUGGCACAACGUCACAGUGCGGAGGUUCACCUUCCCCAUGUUGACUGGUACCAGUAAGACUGAAGCCACCUGUAUGCUGGAGCUGGACGAGACUGGACCAGGAACAGGACUGGAACCAUCGUCUUCUGCAUGAUAGAAUCGUUGCCCGUUACCCUGUUCUCCUUUACUCCCUUAACUUGCUCAACUCUUCUCCUCUUCUCCUCCCUCCCCUCCUCCUCCUCUCCUCCCUCCCCUCCUCCUCUCCUCCUCCCAUCUGCU